AUGAAACGCUUCAUAUCAACAAACGAUUUUAUUCGGCGUUGUUUCUGGAUAAUUCUUUACAGAAGACCGCCAUUUUCAACAGUACCACCUAAUAAUACAAAAGUAAUUACAACUAUAGCCCCACCUACAGUAAUUGCAAAUUCCGUUGCGUCAGCGACAAAUACCUCAACCACCCCUACAACAAAGGCACCAAUGACCACCGUUACAACUAUGGUAACCACAGCUCUCACUGACGCAGUUACUACUGUAUCCAGUCCAGUAGAAACAUCAGAAGUAACUACAAUUGCAGCUGAUGAAACUACUAUGGAAGACGUAACUACUACAGAAGCAACAGUAAAAUCAGAAUAAUA